AAGGUAAUUUUUGAACGAACACUAUUGAAUACUCUCCCAAGGUCACCUCCGUGCUUUUAAUAUUCACUUUCCAUGUAAUGCUAUUUCACAGUUUGUUUAGGUCAAGUUCCCGGUUUUUCUGUAUAUCUCGGAUUGUCUGUUCAAACAUUUCAAGGUCAGUUGUCGCUGCUAUGACACAUCGCGAGUCAAUACGGCCUGUCGUUACGUCAGAUCUAUGUUCUCAGGACUUCGAUUCUGUUGUACUUGUAGUUGAAGACGUGUCGGAUGCAUCCUCGUUUACGCCUCUUUUUGAAACGUUACAAGAAGCAUCACAGGUGAACCAGAAAUUCUCUUCAGAUGUCCACACCUUGACUUGUCGUUCUUUACCAUCUAAACGUUUGGUCGUUUCGUUUACUGGUCACCUUGAUCAAGACAUUGAUGAUGCUCGUCGAAUAACUGAAGCAUCAACGAAAGGUAUAUCUCAGGCUAUCAAAAUCGGAUCUAAAAGACCUCUCCUUCUGUUGGGUCCAUUGAAAACGGCUAAAAAGUUGGAACACUCUUGGCUUGAACCAUCCGUUUCCUGUUUGGCGUCUUUGCUCGGUGCCUUCCAUGCUUUGUAUGUGCCCCUCGAAGUUCGUGAGUUUGACCGUCCGGAAGGUUCUACAUGCACAAAACCUAUUCAGUCACAAAAAGCUGAAGUCCUGGGUUGGUUUUCUGGGACACAUUACGCAGUAGACCACGAGAAACUUACUGGAUUAGCCUGGUGUUUGGAAGAGGGUUUACGAGUCGCACGUGAUAUAGGUGGAUCUGACCCAGAACGUAUGAGUGCAAAGAAUAUAGUGACGUACCUUCAAAAAGAAUUGACAGAACCUGUUCAGGUGACUGAUUGUCCUGUUGAUCGAGGGCUUUACCCUCUGUCAGCUAUAGUAGAUCGUGGAAAUAAUGAAAGACAUCGUGGUCACGUUGUACACUUAGAAUACGAUGGAUCUACCGAAUCACAAAUUGAUCCUCAGCAAAUAGUCAAUUUGUUUUUAGUUGGUAAAGGCGUUACCUAUGAUACGGGUGGCUCAGAUCUUAAAGUUGGAGGUAUUAUGGCUACGAUGCAUCGGGAUAAAUGUGGUGCAGCUGCUGUGGCCGGAUUUUUCAAAAUUUUAAACUUAUUGAAACCGAAAAACCUAAAGGUGCAUGGUACUUUAGGUUUAGUUCGUAACAGCAUUGGUGAAAAUGCUUAUGUAAGUGAUGAAAUAGUAACUUCACGUGCUGGAGUACGGGUUCGCGUGAACAAUACUGAUGCUGAAGGUCGAAUGGUUAUGACUGAUUUAUUAUGUGAAGCUAAGGAGAAGGCAUUGAAAGUAUCAAAUCCACGACUACUGACAAUCGCUACUUUGACUGGUCAUGUUGGGUUAUGCUAUGGACUAGGAUAUACGGGUAUCGUUUGUAAUGGUCCGGCUAAAGAACUUGGAGAAGAUUAUGACUAUCAGUUUGCUGGAUCAUUGUUAGGUGAAAUGCAUGAAAUAUCAACACUCCGACGUGAAGAUUAUGAUGCGCAUAAAACUGAUGAAGAAUAUUGUGAUUUAUUGAAUUCUGCUCGUCUGAUUGGUGGGAAACGUAGCAGAGGGCAUCAGUCUCCAGUCGCAUUUAUGAUUAUUGCAUCUGGUUUGGACUCCCAUUUGAAAAAUACUGAAAAGCCUUUGGCGUACACACAUAUGGAUAUCGCUUCAAGUAAUGGUCCUUGUCCUGGCAUUCCAACUGGUACGCCUAUUUUAACACUAGCAUCGCGUUACAUUCUUCCAGAACAGAUGAAAUGGCCUAAUAGAAAGGUGUAAAAAUGAUCGAAUUGUCGACAUUUUUAUUAAGUUAAAUGUUGAUAUGAACGAUUUUCAAGAUAGUAGGAACUUGUUGUCAAGUCGGGUAUUAGUUUUGAUUCACAGCUGAUGUAACAAUGUACUUUAUAAUAAUUGUUACUUAUGGCCUUUUUAAAUUUUGGUACUCAUGUAUUACGUCAUUUAGUAGUAAUUUGUUGUUAAUUCGGGUAAUAAUUUUGAUUCACAGCUGAUGUAACAAUUUACUUUAUAAUAAUUGUUACUUAUGGCCUUUUUAAAUUUUGGUACUCAUGUAUUAC